UGUUCGCCGCAAACAUCAAAUUUGUCGAUAGGCUUGUAUACAAAGAAAAAAAAAACGUACAAGGGUGCUAUUGAAAAUACACAAAAAUUACUACUAAGAGUUACUGUGAGACUGGAAAGUGUGUGCUGUCUUUGUGCAUAAAAUGGCACAGGUUGCUUUUGUUGAUAGCAUGCUGCGGGAGUAUUUGGUGUUUCGAGGCUAUUCAAACACACUCAAAGCACUCGAUGUGGAGCAACGGAAUGAGAAGGAUCAACAUUUUCGUGCCGAGCGUUUAAUUGAACAUUUCAACGCUGCCAUCCAGGCAUCUGAUUUGACAGCUGUUCGCAGUCUGUGGCUACAUCUGGACAACAAUCUGUUCAGCAAGCUGGAUCACACUUAUGCUGUGGCUGUCAAAAAGCUGGAGAACAGUCUACUCAAAUACUAUUUGGUAACUGCAUAUAGCAAUAACAGGACUGACAAGAUAUCCGAGUUCUUCAAUAAAUUAGCCGCCGAGCUGCAGCAACAAAGCGAGUGGAAAGAUUGGUUCUUUUUCCCCUUCUGUCGCAACGCGGAGGAAUCGCCUACAUUUACGCUCUUCUUUACCAAGCCGUGGCAAGACACGCUGCUUCUAUCCCUGCGCAAUUUCCUGACCACAGUCUAUCAAUGCCUGCCACAGCCCAGUUUUGUGCGCGCCGAGCAAGAGGCGGCGCACAUGCAGCGUCUGCAGGACGACAACACAAGGCUGCGUGCGCGACUGUUGCAGCUGCAGCAGGAGCAACAACAACAGCAGGUGGCCAGCUCAUCGCAGAAUCUCAGCGGUGAAACAAGCAGCACUCGACGUCGCAGCUCGUAUCAUCGACAACAGCAGAGUCUGAGCGACAUUCUACCCUUUGACAUCAGUCCACCAGGUCACAUUGUGGAUGACUUUUGUAUUAUUGCCUCCGAGGCGAACAGCGUGGCUCAAGCGAGCGAUGCCCAGGCACGUGGCCUAAAAUUACUCAUACGCAACAUUGGCUCCGGCAGCUCUCCUGUGCUGGCACGCAAGGAUAACAACGGCGGCAGCGACAAAUCGUCGAGCAAACGUCGCUCCGGCAGCGUGGGACGCAGUUGGAUAUAAAAAGAAAACCAAGUCUGUUUUUGGGAAA